CUGCUGCUGCUCCUGUUCAAUGAGACACUACCAUCCUUCUUCUUCUCCGCGGAAUAUUACCGACUGCGUACUAGGCCAACUUACUGUUUGCGGCCUCUAUUUAUUUCUGACAUUUGUUCUUAUGUUAUCUAACUGAUACGAAUGAACUGCUGCCCCUAUGUCUAUGACUGUGGUCUGGUCUUACUAUGAAAUUUCCCCUGUUUUGUUUUUCGUGAACAUGAAUCUGUUGUCGGUCGGCACAAGCUACCUUUGGUAGUGGGAGAUAGUUGUGCAAGAGGUGCUCACUCAGCUAUCCCUGGCCUCCUUGUGCCUCUGUCCGUUUUUUCAUCUUUGUUUUCAUCUUAGUUCUGUUUUUCCCUUCUCCUUCCCCCUGUUUUUUCUGAUAGUACACGAUGGCUGCGUGCGGAUCAGGUACAUUAAUGUUAUAAAACCUUCAAUUCUUCCAGCACUGUUCUCUUUGCCACAAGCAUAUUUAUCAGUCACCGGAGACAUUUCGGGGGGAGAGUGUUACGCAUGAAGAUCCAGCCAAGUCCCUGGCUUUAUUGCUAAACUGUCGCAGCCAGGACAAAAACGGAAUGGCUGUCACGGUUUUGCGCUCGAAAGGGAAACGAGCACUCAUAUUCUACUUGGUACAGCAAGGAAAGCACCUUCUGAAUGGCAACAGCAUACGACGCUACUAACUUAGAUGAAAAAUUCCUGCAAUCUUUAACAUGUACAUGGGUUCACUCAGUACUGCUCCUAGUAUUGAAUAUUGACGCUAUCGCUGUAAUUGGCACAGGCGCGAAAUCGUACACUUGCACCGUUGCGGAAUCGAGUAGCAACAGGGCGCUGGUGUGACGACUAAAUCUAACAACGUGCUAUCUGCAAUGAGAUGAAGAGAGCUCUUCUAUAAAAAAGGCGUGUCGGUUGACCCUCUGUGGUCUCUGGACAUCGUCGUCAGAGCCC